GGCUCGUAGACAAAGAGGUACCGGUUCGAUUGUAGUGGGAAAUAGGAGGCCUGGUUAUCCGCUCUGCAGCGAAACAUUCCGUCUCAGUCUGCGAAAACAUUGUUUUUCUGUCUACAGCGUAGAAUUCGUGUUAUUUGAUGGUGUGUGGUGCUUGAGCGUGCGACCAGUUCCGUCAAUACAUCUGUGGUCAGAUGCUUCCCUUGGAAAUGGAUGCUGAGAAAGAGCAUAGGACAAAGCUAAUCCCGGAAUGUACAAGCGAUGGCGUUAAAUCUGGAAAAGGUGAACGUUGGAGUAAUGGCGGUGCUAUCUCUCGGCGAAGCAGCUCCACGUCCUUACUCUCAACAAUUCAACUGGUUUCCAUAUUAUUCUUCACGGUGACAGGGGGUCCGUAUGGUUUCGAGGACGUUAUUGGGGCGUCAGGAGGCCUUCUAGGGCUGGGAAUGCUACUCAUUAUUCCCUUUGUUUGGUCCGCUCCUCUGGCAUUGAUGACUGGGGAGCUGGCUUGCAUGAUUCCGCAGAGCGGUGGACACAUUUUAUGGGUGUAUCAUGCAUUCGGACCAUUCUGGUCCGUAUUCAACAGUGUGCUAACGUUUGGAUGCGGUGUGUUUGACAACGCACUGUAUCCAGCCCUCUUCGUCAACUAUUUGAGCCACGUCAUCUAUGGUCCUUUUGGAGCGAUUCCCAUGCCAUACUCGCUACUUCUGAAGGCGACAAUGAUCGCCGCCACAACCGCGCUCAACUUGAGCGGAGUCAACAUAGUCGGCAAAGCAACGAUGGUUUUUGGAGCAUCUGUCAUCGCCCCCUUCAUUGCAAUGUUCUUCUUCGCCAUUCCUCAGCUAAAUCUGCAGUGGAUCAGCUUUCCAGCACCUAAGCCUAUGAAUUGGCCAAAACUACUCUCCCUCCUGCUUUGGAACACUUCAGGGUUUGAUUCCGUUGGAGCAUGCGCGGGGGAGGUAAAAGAUCCAGCAAAAUCCUAUCCUCUGGCGUUGCUGGUCUCUGUGGGACUGAUGCUUGUUACCUACAUCGUUCCAGCCUUUGUUGGCUUGAGUGUGGCGCCAUACUUUGAGCUGUGGAAAGGUGGCACGUUUACAGACAUCGCUGCAAGUGUUGGAGGUCGUCCGUUGGAGAUUUGGUUGGGACUUGGAGGAGUCACUAGCGCAUUUGGGCUUCUCCUAACUCGUCUAUGUAUGAGCUCAAGGCUUGUCUAUGGAAUAGCCGUUGCACAUAAGGCACCCCAGUUCUUUCAAUCUAUUGAAGAGAAACAUGGAACUCCUUGGGUAGCACUAAUUAUCACGGCUUUCUGCACUCUGCUGCUGUCUGGAUCAGAGUUUACACUUCUUGCUGAGGCGGACAUGGUGUUGUACUGCAUCUCUUCAGCAUUGAAGUUCUCAGCUCUUAUCUACCUGAGGUUCACAGAGCCUGAUGCGUACAGGCCGUUCCGCAUUCCUGUGGGCAAUGUAGUGCUUACUGGUCUUACGACUAUUCCGCUCCUAGUGUGCUUCGCAAUGGUGCUGCUGGGUUCACCCUUUUCACAUCUUGUGGCUCUCUCAUGCCUUAUGUUCUCCAUCAUAACCCAUGUUUGGCUCGAGGCCAUUGUUCCAUUCCUACAAAGGGCAGCAUCGGCUGCUGCUGUUGUGUACUACGGGAUGAAGGAGAAGUUCACGAGAACGUACUCUCGGCCAACACAUACUACCUUCAGUGCAGAUCCGCAAGACACUACACAACAAGCGUGACUUAUACAAUGAUGCUACGUACCCUGCAUUGUCUACUAUGUACCAUGUUUAUGCAAUUCAAUCAGUGUUGACAUUGGCGGUAGUAUGAAGGAUCAGGUGGAACAUAAUAAA